AUGGUCAUGUUGAGACACCCCUGUCUUCAUAUUUCUGCCAAGGGCAGAUUUAGAGGCAUACCUGUGGCAAGAGGGGCUCAUAUUCUUACUCAUUUAUCGUUUGCUGACGAUUGUAUGGUGUUUUGUAAGGUAGAUGUCUACCAGGCCCAAGGUUUAGCUUCUAUCCUUGCCAAGUACCAGGAGUUUUCAGGCCAGAGAGUUAAUCUAGCCAAAUCAUCCAUAUUUUUUAGCAGGAACACUCCAGUUGAAGUGAAAAAUGGGAAAUCACUAAGAGUGCAGGAUCAUAACUGGGUUCCAUGGUUGACUAUAAAAAUUCAAAGAGCAGGACAUAUUGGGGUGGCGGGCGGAUGGGCGUUCACAGAUGUCGUCGGCGAUCAGGCUCGAGAGGCAGCAGCGGCCCAACACGGUGAUGCUGUGAUGUUCUCACGGCUGGGAGUGAUGGCGCGCGAGCAGCUGGGCGGAAUCCCACUUGCGGUGUUUACAGCGGCGGCCGAAAAAACGAAGGUAGGCGAUGGUGGCGACCUGCGAGUCGGAGAAACCAGCGGCGGAAUGCUCGUCUUGGCUGCUAGGUCACGGCGAAGGAUCGUUGGGCUCGCCGGAGGAGGCUGGUCGCGGUCAGGAGAGCUCGCUGUGAAAGAUGCUCGCUGGGAAAAGCUUCACUGCAUCACUGUUCGCGGAAAGAAGAGCAGGUUGUGGCAUUGCUGUGCGGGGUUCGGGAAUCUCCGGAGGAACUUGCGAGGGAGCAACAUCACGGGAGGAGGGCCGUCGGAGUUCGUCGGGGUUGCUGCGUUGGGCUCGCGGCGGAGGUGUUGCAUGCGCGGCGACGGGAAUUUUGCAAAAGGAGAUGAUGGCGAUUAG